UAUAUUUUCCAGAUACUGAUGAGAUGGGAAGGGAAGCCAUGCUGCUUCCUUCUCUCUGCUGCCGUCGUCCUGUCGAGCUUGCCUGGAGUGCAUCAGUAGCAACAAUGGCGCCUACAAAGAAGUCUAAAAAGGCUAUAGAGAGUAUUAACUCUCGGUUGGCUCUUGUAAUGAAAUCUGGCAAAUAUGUGCUAGGAUACCAUCAGACUCUGAAGUGUCUUCGUGCAGGAAAAGCAAAACUGGUCAUCAUUGCAAACAAUACACCAUCUCUCAGGUUACCCUCACCACUGGGUUUUCAAGUUGACAGCCAAGCUCUUACUAGUGAUCAAGCCGGCACGACCGAGCGAUCGCUAAAGAGUGAUAGUCCAGCACCUGCUUCAGACUGUGAACCCACUUUGGACUUCGAGGUCACACGACGGCUGCUGGAGACCAACCUGAGGGACACUUAUUUUUUCUUCUCAAACCAUCUGAAACAACUUUACUCCAGCAAAACGAAAAUGAACCAAGAGGACUUUAAUAACUUGCAGAAGGAAGGUGCCGAGCGCGUAAGGGUUCUUCAGUACGACCUAUGGAGGUUGAGUCAGAUGGGAGGCAAAGAAGGAAGCUGGAGGAAGCGAGAGGCCGAAGACCUGAGUGAGGAAGUUCAGCAGCGUUUACACCGCCUGCAACACCCACACAACUGUGCCACUGCAAAGAAACUUUUCUGUAAUCUCGAAGUGGGAUGUGGUUUUGGCUGCCAGUUCCACCGCCUCAUCCACUGCUUCAUGGCAGCCUAUGGAAAAAACAGAACACUUAUUGUCAACUCUGCUGGCUGGCGUUACUCUCCCAAUGGCUGGGAAACUGUCUUCCAGCCUUUCAGUGAAACAUGUACCAACUUUUCAAUGAAAAAUAUAACUAAUUGGCCCGGCACAAGCGACUCACAAACGGUGCGAUUUCCCCCAUUCUACACCAUAAUUCCAAUGCCAGAAAACAUGCCAUUAGCCAUCCCAAAAGACAUCUCGAAACGACUGAUUCGUUUGCAUGGUCACCCGGGCGUCUGGUGGGUGGGUCAGUUUAUCAAAUAUCUUUUCAGAUUUCAGCCGAACAUGAAAGAGAUGAUCAAAAAAACAGAAAAAUCCAUUCAAUUUCAACAUCCCAUUGUGGGUGUACACGUGAGACGAACUGAUAAGCGCAGCGAGGCAAAGUACCAUUAUGUGAAGGAAUACAUGGAACAGGUGGAGGAGUACUUCGCAGGUCUCCAGAUCUUCAACCCAAAUGUUACGCGAAGGAUCUACCUGUCUACCGACGAGCCCAAAGUCUUUGAAGAAGUCAAGAAAAAGUAUCCUCAGUACAAGAUUCUAUACCAAACUAAGAGUGUGGAGGUGGUUGAUCUUGCUAAACGGUUCACUGAGGCUUCGCUCAUAGACCUCGUAGCUGAUCUCUACUUCCUGUCCCGUACCGACUACAUCGUUCUGACCUUUUCAUCCAAUUUUGGCAGGCUGGCGUACGAGAUGAUGCAAAUCUGGAGUCCUGACGCCUCUGGCAAAUUCUUCUCUCUCGACACUCCUUACUUCUCUCACUCAGGGCGCCCAAACUUCGCGAGGAUGCGUUUUUUUCACCAGGAUCGCAGAGUAAAUUUGACCAUACAAGAGGGUGAGAGAGUGAUGCUGCCCUACAUUGGCCACAACUUCCCCAAGGAACUGAAAGGUCUUUACAAGAGUAGUGAGAAAAUCCCUCCUUACAAGAUGGAGAACCUAGUCGAUGUCGUCAACCUGUCGUCCCCUUGAUGGUAGCCAGAAAGA